AUGUCGGACCUUUUCUUGGACAUCACCACGCCAAAUGGCCAUAAAUACCGACAGCCGACCGGAAUUUUCAUCAACAAUGAGUUUUGUAAGGGAUCAAAGGGAGAGACCAUCUCAUCUCUAGACCCUGCUACGGAGAAGGAAAUUGCUUCAGUGCACGCAGCGAGCGCUGAAGAUGUUGAUCGAGCUGUUCGAGCAGCCCGAGCAGCAUUCAAAGCACCUACCUGGAAGAAGUUGUCAGCGACUGAUCGAGGUAGACUGCUCGUGCGCCUUUCGGAGUUGAUCGAAGAAAAGAAAGAACUGUUUGCCAGUAUCGACGCGUGGGACAAUGGGAAAACUUAUGAGCUUGCUAUGGAAGACGACCUCCCUGAUUCGAUUGGUACAUUCCGAUACUUUGGUGGCUGGGCCGACAAGAGCUUCGGUCAAACUAUUGAGACAUCCCCUGAAAAAUUCGCCUAUACUCUUCGUCAACCUUACGGCGUGAUUGGCCAAAUUAUUCCGUGGAAUUUCCCUCUGGCAAUGGCUGCUUGGAAGCUUGGACCAGCCUUGGCUUGUGGAAACACUGUGGUUAUCAAGGCGGCUGAGCAAACACCUCUGAGUAUCCUGGUUCUCGCUACACUCAUAAAGGAGGCUGGCUUCCCUCCAGGUGUUGUCAAUAUCAUCAAUGGCUAUGGCCAGGAGGCAGGCGCUGCUCUCACUCAGCAUCCAUUGGAUCAACCACCACGGGGGGCUCAAAUUAUGAAGGCCGCUGCUCCAGCUUUGAAGGAGGUCAUCCUCGAAACCGGUGGAAAGUCGCCCCUGAUUGUUUUCGACGACGCAGACCUGGACCAGGCUGUUAAAUGGUCGCACAUUGGAAUUAUGGCCAACCAGGGGCAGAUCUGCACUGCAACUUCGAGAAUUUUCGUUCAACGCACCAUUUAUGACAAGUUCCUCGCUCUUUUCAAAGAACGCGUCCGGACAGCUUCUGUUGUUGGCAGUCAGUGGGAACCGUCCACUUUCCAAGGUCCGCAGGUUACUCGUGCUCAAUACGACCGCGUGCUGCACUAUAUUGGCCUUGGAAAAUCAGAGGGGGCAACCAUUGAAACUGGUGGGGAAGCUUACCCAACACCAGAUGGUAAAGGCUUUUUCGUGCAGCCAACUACAUUCUCCAAUGUUAAGCCGUCGAUGAAGAUCUACCGUGACGAAAUCUUCGGUCCGGUUGGCUGCCUUCUGCCGUUUGAUACGGAAGAAGAUGCAAUUGAAUAUGCCAAUGAUACUCUGUACGGCUUGGGGGCCGCUGUGUUUACCCAGAAUCUGCGACGUGGACACCGGGUCGCUGCUGAAAUUGAAGCAGGAACCGUUUGGUUGAACAGCAGCCAAGACAGUGAUCACCGUGUUCCGUUUGGUGGCUAUAAGUCCAGUGGUGUGGGCCGAGAGCUGGGUCCCGCAGGGUUGGAGGCUUAUACCCAGAUCAAGGCUGUCCAUGUUAAUAUGGGGAAUGAUCUUUGA